AAACACACAUUCACUUAGUUUUUGUUCAUCCACAGAUGAGCCAUAAUGCUGCACAGCAGCUUCAGCUCUCUCCUGUACAAACUCAAGGGAAACUGUUAAUGAUAAUUACACACAGUCUUUGAUUCAACUUACAUCUCAGGACUUUUGGUGCCACCAUCGUGUACCUGCAGCGAUGAUCUUCACACCAGAGCAGGUCACCUGUAUGUGUGAGGUCCUGCUGCAGAGCGGCUGCAUGGAUCGUCUCGCCAGCUUCCUCCACACUCUUCCUCCUCCUUCCUCCUCGAGCCCCGGGGAACUGGAGAGUGUGCUGAAAGCUAAAGCUGCAGUGGCCUUUCACCAGGGGCGCUUCUCGGACCUCUACACCCUGCUGGAGGGCUUCCCCUUCUCCCCACGCAGCCACCCGCUCCUCCAGCAGCUCUGGCUGCGAGCCCACUACCUGGAGGCCGAGAGGCAGAGGGGCCGACCUCUGGGAGCCGUGGGGAAGUAUCGCGUAAGGAGAAAGUUUCCUCUACCACACACCAUCUGGGAUGGAGAGGAGACCAGCUACUGCUUCAAAGAGAAGUCUCGGACUAUCCUCAGAGAGUGGUACCACCGUAAGCCGUACCCGUCCACCCGGGAGAAGAGGGAGCUCGCCGCGGCCACCGGCCUCACAGCCACGCAGGUCAGCAACUGGUUCAAGAACCGCCGGCAGAGGGACCGAGCCACGGACGGGACCGGCUUCCAAACACUGGGUUUUGGAGGACCUCCAGAGGAAGCCUUCCGUUGGUCUGACACCGACCUUUCACCUCCAGGCAGCCCAACUCCUCAAUACUGCCUCCGUCCUCCACCUCCACCGCUCUUCCAUCCACCACCUCCUCUGCAUCACGCAUGUGGAGGCCUUUCAAAUAUCUAAUGAGUCACUUCUGUCACUUGGUUGAUGCAUCAUUUUUCUCCUUCUUUAAUGUAAAGUCUAUUUUCUCAUGUUUAUUACCAAAACAUGACUUAGCAGACACCGUACCAUGACUUAAAUAUACACAGAACACCGUACAAGACAGACAUUAAAAGUAAGCAUCAUAUGGCUGGAUUAAAUUCAACAUUUCCAGUCACAGAGGUGCCGUAAAGCCCUGCGGUGGACCUCCACACUGUUCACACGCGGCACCAAAACAUUUAGAACAAUCAGGUUUUUCAGCUUGUUAAAGGGAAGAUGAGACGAGACGAUGCUGGUAAAAUGUUACAUGUACUGAGUGCAGAAGCUACAGGAUUUAUCAAGUAACAGCAUUUUUCAGUAUUUAUAACUUCCCCGAAACUGAAUAAAAUAAUUUGAACUUCA